CUGAGAAUUGGUUACUAUGGUAACGCCAGUGACGCCCAGUGGGGUUCAUUUAGUGAGCAAACAGCAUAACGGCGUUAGCGUGCUUAUUUUACGUGAUUUAACGAGCUUUACCUCGACUUGAAGACGCAACACGACAAUGACGAGAAAGAAAAACAAAGACAAAGCAGACAGUGCGAGUGCUGAGGACGAGAGCGCGAAAAACACAGUCGGUUGAUGUAAAGAGAAGAUGCUCAGUGGAUUCAAACUCUUGGCCUGUCUGUUGUUUUCAGGACAGACUCCAACUGAAAACUUGCCUGCUCAGGACUUUGAUGAAUAUCAGUGCUCGGGCAAUGUGGAGAUUGACUUCCCUGGGCUUUGUGCUCUUCUGGACAUGAAGAAUAUCCCAGCUGUCUGCACCAAGCAACCGGCCUCACUCACCACUGAAACUGAAGAAGAGGACACGGAUGACAACAAGUCACUGAUAGAUGACUCAUCUGUCUGGCCUAAGGCGUGCCUCCAAGUGGAGCUGGAGAGUGAAGACCCCCUCAGUGCCAAGAACCUGAAAAUUUCUGGAUGGAGGGUAGAUGAGCAGAUUGUCAGAGUGCUACAGAAGAUGCUCCUCUCCUUGAGCAAGCUACAGAGCCUUCACUUUUGGCAAGCAGGACUCACUGAUCAAAUGCUAAUCUCCCUCUUGAACACAAUAUCACUGUGUUCCAACCUCAGAGCUGUGACAUUGGAGGGCAACCCUCUUCCAGAGAGGAGCUACCACCUCCUUCUCUCUGAAGACAGCAUCCUCACUCACCUGUCCCUGAGAAACAAUCGCAUAGGGAAUGAGGGCGCUCGUCUAAUUGGGUCGGCUCUCUCAACUACCAGAUCUGCCAACAAGAACCUCUUGUCACUCAACCUGGCAUUCAAUUGUAUUGGUGAUGAAGGUGCUGCGCAUAUCGCAAAGGGCCUGCGGUUCAAUUGUGCCUUGCUCUUUCUCUCGCUGUCCAACAAUCAGAUUGGAGACUCGGGAGCUGGUCAUCUGGCUGCGACACUUGCCGAGUUUGCUCUAACCCAUGAAGAAGUCGUAGAGAGGAGAAAGCUGCUCCUGGAAAGAACACAAGAUUCAUCUUUGAGGGUCAGUUCUGACCAGUCGUCUGUUGGCCAACUUCCCUCAGUACCCAGCAGCACUUCACUGAGCACAAGCAAAGGGGAGAACAAAGCCAAAAAGAAGGAAGCAUCGAAAAAAGAAGAGAAACCAGCUGCCAACAAAGAGAACCCAAAGUCUAACAAGAAAUCUCCUGAUAUAAAGGUGCCUCAGAGUAAAGGCGGCAAGCAGGGGAGCAAAGAGAAACUAACAGCACAGGAGGAUAAACCAACGACUGCCCUGAAUGAGCAGGUAGAGGCGGUGGAGAUAGUGAACCCCCUGCUGGACCGACUGGUGCAGUACAGGGACGGUGAGCUUAUUCUGCCUGGAAACACGACUCUCAGCUCCCUCAACCUGGAAGGAAACAAAAUUACAGAGAAGUCGCUGCCUCUGUUCCUGACGUCACUAGAGAUGCAGGGUGAGGAGGGAGGUCUGCUGCGUCUCUGUCUGCAGAGAAACCUCUUCUCACCAGACUGUGAGCUUUAUGUGAAGAUAAAGGAACUGAUGGCGCUCAGAGAUGCACUCAACAAAAACACAUCUGAACAGACAGAAGAGGAGGGACAGGGGGCACAGUGCUGAGAGAGCUGACAUCAACUUCUACACAAUUUUAAUAUAUGCCAAUAAAUAUACAUGAAUAUAUAUUGUCUC